AUGCAACUGUUAUUUAUAUUAAUCAUUGCUGCUUUCAUAGAAGCAAGAAAGCGGCGACCGGUACAUUUAGAUCUCGUUCCUGUCCCACAAAUAGCAAUUAAUGCAAAAGAAUCUCAUAUACCUGUAUUUUUUGAUCAUAUAUAUGAAGAGGGAUUUGAAGAUCCUAUGUCGGAUCUUAAACAACCAGUUGACAUCCUUGAACUAACUCUGGAAACGCCAAAAUCAAAAGAAGAGAAAAGAAUGUAUCUGCAAAUGAAAUCACCUAAGAAUAUUAUAUAUGUAAAACAAAAGGAAGAACCUCUUUCUUUUUUAAGUCCUAGAGAUGAAUUUCUAUAUUACAGCAAAAAACAUAAUCGCAAGAGUAAUAAGAAAUUAGACGAAACAGCCAAUAAUAAGACAAAUAUAGACGACACUCCGAAAUUUUAUAAUUUUGAAUAUUUGCAAGCUAAAAAUUUGGUCUCACCACCAAAAAAAGUAAUAGCGAAACCAUCUCCUGAAUUUCGAGUAGACAACCUAGUAUCGAAUCGCGUAGCUAAACAAGACCUUAUUAGUCAAAAGAUGGGCUAUUUUACUGAAAACAAAUUUGACCUUAAAAUUUUAAAUAAGGAUGACAAAUUAAAUUGGACAACAUGCGACCAAUUUGGAUACGAUCUUCACUUUCAUCCCAGAGAUAUAAUCGGCUUAGAUUGGGUUCCGUUCUUUACAUGGUCAUCUAAACCUUAUUUGAUUGCCGUUACUCACAAAUUUUCUUACCCUACAGCUAAGACAGUGGAAUAUUUUAAAAAACAUUACGGUCCAUAUUUAGACAAAGUGAUCAAUUGGAAUGAACCUAAAAUCUUAUUAAAAGAAAAUCGUGAUAUUUUGCUUGUGUCAUUAAAUCGAAAGGGGACAUUUUAUGCAAUACCCAGUCAGCCUUUAUCUAGUGGGAAACGAGUAAGCCUACCAGUAAUAAAGAUCCAGCUCAAGAUACUAGAUCCAUACCUGGUUAUGAUGUACUGUGAUGAUCAUUACGCAACUAUCAUGGCUGUAUCUGGUGAUGAACCAGAUAAUGAUUAUGAUAAGAAGGCAGAAGCUGCCAAGUUAAAUUUCUCUGGUAUGGGGUAUCCUGUCUCACGAGAUAUUAAAGAAGAAGCACUAAGAUUAGCUAUGAUAAAAGAACAGAAAUUGUUAGAGGAAAACAUGAAAUAUAUUAAAACAAUAGAAGUCCAUUCUAUUCCUAAAGAAAGAUUCUAAAAGAAAUAUACUAUAACUUUACAUCUUUUUUCUUAUAUAUCAAAUUGAAUAAAUAGAACUGGGCUUCUUAAAUUUCAUCUAAAAUUAUAUUCACCUUAAUAUGGAGUUAUGUGACAAAACGAUUUUUUUACUUCGAUGGAUUUAUACAUGCAUUAAUACUUUUAAAUAUUACCUAAGUUUGAAGAAUUCUUACUAAUUACUGUUUGCUAUUACUUCUAUUAUUAACUUAAUUAGUAUGUAAACAUACAGUGCUAAUG